AUCAUGACUGUCAUGGUUCCAUAUAAUUAGCAUACAGCGGCCUUCCGUUUCAUUGCAAACGUUUUCGUUCUUUCCUGAUCGAGCUGUUCGUUGUCAAAGGGAUCUUCCGUUAGUCGUUAUUGGCAAAGGAGCGAGGAAGCACCCGCUGAAUAUCGCGUGAGACUCUAAAGACGAGUUGUGGCGCUUCUGAGUUGAACCUUGCCCCGGAAGAGGUUAAGGUGCAAAAUUGAGAAGUUUACGACACAAUGCCAUGUGUUCUUCCUUUCCUCGUGCUUAACUCCAACCUGCACCCGAUUUUGUGAUAGGGACAUGUUUGGGCUUCCGUUUGGGAAUCGUGUGAAAACCAACACUUAUAUUUACUUCAUUUACGAUUGCUGCUACUGCAACAAUUUUCUUUUUUGCAACGUUACAUUGCACAUGCAGCUUCCUUGAUCUACAUUUUCACUUAGAAAGCGCGAAAAUAAUCACCGAAAGAUGUUUAACUAAUCCUGUUGGUCGGUUAAUAAUGAGUUGAACCAGGAUUAGGUGAUCUUUUUUUUUUUUUCUCAUUUGUAUCUGGUUUUUGUCCAGUUGAUUGGGAGGGUUAUUGGGGUCAAUUAUGAGGGAUUUGUCUUUUUACUUUCAUCUCAAACCUACUCUCUUCAUAUCCUAUACACUGAUCAAAACCAUGAAAAUUUUAUUAAAGCCACUUGUUGAUUUUUUUCGGUUUCUGGCUUGUCUUCUCUGAUAAAACACUCGAGACAUAAUCGAAUACAUAUUUGAUGAAAACUGCACGCAUCGAAAGAAAAAAAUAGAUAUUCCCAGUUGUCUACGCUUCAACAAGUCGAACCAAAUGUUUUAAAAACAAAGCAAGAAAAGCAAAGUAAUUCCUCUUAAUAAAAAGAAUCGCGAAAUUAUUGUUUAAACUAGCCGGUCGGAAUCUUGCCGAGUGCAUUGUAUAAAUAUAAAACCCACUCCCACGGGAAGUAAUAAAUUGUUUCAAGAACCAAUCGUUUGAAAGGCUUCAGUAUAAACGGUCCAAACAGGUGUUCUGUUGAACUGAAUUUUAAUUAUUUCAGCACAGUUGGUUUAUCGGGCUCAAAUUUCCUACGAAUAUUGCGCCGUGUACGGCACGGAACGAAGACCAACUCGGUAACACCUAAAAAGCCGAGGAUACUGACCAAACCGAACCUGAGAAUUUUCUUGGAAAAACGUCCAUCUGAACCCAGAAAGUGUCAAGUGACCCUUUGCCGACGUUCGACUUCGAGGCAGACAGUUGAAACUUUCGCUGCUAUUCUGGAUGUGUUGUACAACGAGUAGCAUCCGCCGUUAUGAGUCGUUUAAAGUUACGUUGGGCCCUCACCCGUGUCGCACUUGUCAUGUUAAUUUUAUUAGCUGUGCAGUUUUUCAGCCAGCUAGGAUUGCUGACCGCGCACCACCCGAACUGCGAACACAUGCAGGUGUUUAAAGAAAGGCUUAGUGUACAAGCGAAUCCCGGCAUUGAACAGGUUAUAGCUGUAAAGAAGGAAGAUCCAAUCUUCGAAAAACAUGAAACUAAACAAGAUAUUGAAAAAGAUAUUAAAAAUGAACAAAGUAACAUGGAGAAAGAGAAACUUAUAAGCGAAUUAAAGCGUAUAGCGGUGGAACUUUCAGAAACUCACCGCGGAUUAGCGAAUUCUGCAGCGCAUUAUCAUCGAGUCGGGAAGAGCCUUCAAUCUUUAAACAGUGUCAUUCAAUCUAUGGGUGGACAAGCCGUGGACGAUAAUGAACCUUCUCUUCGACGUAAAAAGGCAGACGCACCAAAGAAGGAAGUUUGCCCUGAGACGUUUCUGGGCAGAAAUCUAGCAUAUGGAUAUCCUUAUUUUAGAAAAGGUUUCGGUCGAGUAAACUGUACAGAAUUUGUUCCGAUGAAUAAACUUGUGACAAUUCUCGUUACGUUACCAGAGGAACUACCGCCAAAAGAUAAGUAUAAAGUUCUUGAAAGCAUCGCAAAACUCUAUCCAGCCGUACAUGUUGUGUAUGCAUCACAAGGGGAACUCUCCAAGGACAUCAUGACAAAACUGAAAUUGAAUAUGAAGCACCACGUCUCUGCCAAUUUAAACCAUGGGGAGACAUGGUCUGAGUUACUAAACGAGGUGAACACGCCCUAUGUCCUUUUUGCCCCAGAGAUAACGCACUUUACGGAUGACAUUAAUCUUGAGCGAUUAAUCAGAGUACUUAGCGACAACAAGGAGGCGAUUAUCGCCGGGGGGAGCCAUCGUAAUCUUCAGGGAGAGUGGGAUAUUGGCUGUCUUCAAGUGACGUUCAGGAAUUGGACAGCUUACUUUAGGGGUGGAUAUUACCACUCUUUCACGGAGUGCGUGGUGUGUGAUGUACUCUCUGGUCCGUUUGUGGCAAAAACCAAGCAACUUAAGCAAGUUGCAUUUGAUGACAAGCUACCUUUCGGCGUCUUCCAGGAUUUAUUCUGGCGUUUGAAGAUGAGCCACCCUGGUGAGAUCGUGGUUAGUUGCCCAGAUAUCAUGUUUAACAUCUACAAUCGGGAAAUCACAGACGAUAAAUACGCCGCCUUGGCUAAGAAGUGGGAAGUGAAAAAAUGGGUGGAAUCAAAUGGUAGAGUCCGCUGGUAUGGUUGCAGGCGCGGGCAUUCCUACACCAGCUCGUCGUCGUGUAGUUUUCGCAGAGGGUUUGGUGUUCCACCAUGUGAUCUGGAAAACCUAGCUGAUGCUAUCAAGUUUGUUAUGAAAGCGUGUGAAGAGGCUGGCUUGUUUUGCGAGCUUCAAGAAGGAACGCUACUAGGUGCAGUCAAAUUCAACAAAGUCUUACCAUGGGAACGCGACGCCGACAUAACCUUUCUCACUGCGAACUACUCGGCGUUUAAGAAGCUCCGUCCAAAGUUUCAAGCAGCUGGUUAUAGCCUUAGUGACGAUGACGGCUCUUUGUGGUGCUGCGCAGACGGUCGGCAAGCUGGAGGCAAGUUUAGAAUAGGCACAACCCGCUGGACGCUAGAACUCUAUGGCCAACAUCUUAUGGAAUCCGAGACUCUAGUAGCGAACGGUCUGCGGCCAACAAAAGUACAGUUCUCCGGCCAAUGGGUGACUGUAAUGCGCAAUCCGGGACUUUUUGCUCGUAAUCGAUACGGACCCGGUAUAUACCGUCACCAGGAGCACUGGAUGGAUAUUGGACACGGAACCGGAUGGGCCUUUUACAACCCGGGCGCCUUUACAACAUGUGCACAACCGGGUCAUUCCGGUUGUCUAGACAAGUUCUCUGCCGAUGGUAACCUACAGUUUAGCGAUUACCCGUUUGCUUGAUUUGUGACACAAGUGCUCAAUUUACCACCUUUUCAACUUCUUUUAAAAUGGCGCACAACAGCGCCACCAAAACGCCGUUUUGUCGAGAUCUUGUGUCACAAACCGUGGGGGAGCAUGAAAAGUCUUUACUGGAUGCUCAAUUAACUCAUUCGUUACCCCCAAAAGAGACAGGUUCGUGAGCUGAUAAGUGGGAAGUUUGUUAUGAAGGGUGAUUCGUUCUAGGAGAAGAUAAGAAAUCUAGAUAUGCCCAAGGAACCUUUUGUCGUCGUUACUUAUGACUACAGUUGGUUCGCUAUCUGAUCCUUCGUGGCUCUUGCUUUGAAAACCGAGUUAAAUCCAUCCCCCCCCCCCCCAGUCCCACGGUUAGAAAUGUAGAUGCUAGCGCGCAGCGCGGGACUCUGGUAACAAGCGCACACAAAGCAGGCGACUUUUCGUGUGCCUCACUCUCAAGGGUGAGCGCGGCGCACUAACAUCCCUUUUUUUUUAAUAUGCGCGACAGACAAGGAAGGACUGCUUGUAGUCUACCGAAGAGCUGUCCGUAAGUCUUCAAAAAAUAUUCUUAAUAUCACAGACGAUUUUCUAACCGUUCCGUUCAAGUGUAUACGAAUUAUCAAUUUAAAUAGGUUUUGAAAUUUCUUAAAAUUGUUGUCACUUGACUGAGUGAAAUCAUUUGGGAAUUGGAACAUAGGAGAAAAAACUCUAAUUAUCUCUGAGGGUCAUAAAUUUAUUAUUCUGUUUGAAACAUCUCCAAGAAGGAUAUGCCUAGUUCUAUGAAUAGAUUUUAAUUGCCUUUUACGAAAUUAUAAAUCUUUAUGAUCUGAAAGUGUUCGAUUAGCUUUUUUCUAAAUGGGAUCUUAACUCAAUCUAGAAUUUAUCCGCCGAUUGUGGCAUGUACAGGUAUAUUUUCACUUGCCAAACUCUGGUAAAAAGUUAAAGGAUAAAAAGAUACUGUAAUGAUUCAUUAAUCUGAACGAAGAGACGUAUUUUAAAGGAUACUAACAAUCUUUCGUGGCCUGUUCAAGAAACAUUU